UCUGAUCACAUGAUCAACAACAUGGCUGCCGAAUGAAAACAAACUUCGUGGGGUCCUGAGAAACUACGUCCCUUGUUAUUGUGAGAAGUAUGAAGGGGCUCGUCGUGAUAAAUCCUUUACCAGACAUCGUGUUCUACUGGGGAGACGCUGAAUUCACCUCACACAUCAACCGUCUGGGAGCGAGAGAGGGGAUAGCAGAACAGAAUGGCCUGUCAGAUGAAGUGGACCAGAAUGCCCUGGUGCAGUUCUUCUCCCCACUGCUGGCAUCGCACCGUUUCCUGAAAGCAGAGUUGGACAACCCCUACAGUUCCAUCAGCUGUGAGAAUGGCUUUCUCUUUGUGCUCAGACAGUUUGGAGAGCACCUGUACAUAGGAGUGUGUGGUGAUGGCUCAGAGUCAGAGGAGUUCUUGAAGAGAAAACUGUACGUCUUCCGAAGGCUGGCAGGGGUGCAUUAUGGGCCAGUUAUUGAUGAGCUGAGACCAGACUCCUCCCAUGGCAGGAAGAGAAGGUGGUCUUACAUGAGCAGGUUAAUCAACACCUGGGCACACCUGGCCUCAACAGAACAGAGCUUCCUGGUGGAGGCCGUGGAAAGACUGAAUGUAAACCAGGCACUGAAUGAGACCUGUAUAAACAUGCUGGAACAGGCUCUGAGUAAGGUACGGUCUGGUGGGGACAAGCACGCUGUACAUGCCCUUCUGUUAGUCAACACCAAGCUGCUGGCACUCUACUCAAGUCGGAAUGCGUGUGAGCUCCAGGCUGCAGACAUCCUUGCCAUCACCCUGGUGGUAAGGACCUUGUUUCCUACAGGUGACAGUCUGGAAGAACUGCUGUCCUUCACUCACACUCCCUCUACUCCACUCAGUAUCAGGAGAGUAACCACAGAGCGUUCCCCAACCCCAUCAUCAACAGAGUACUACAGUCCCAGCUCCAGUGUUGAGGAAACUGAACAGGAGAAGUCAGAGGGUCAGGGGGACAGCAGCCCAAGGCCUGUGCCAAGCAGGGACAUGUUCCACACUCCCAUCAUCCCCCAUGAGCAGGACAGUUUCCACACCCCCGCAGCUGUCCAGGACAGUUUCUACACUCCCCUCCAACCGACUCCAGCCAAUCAAAGAGCUCCAGAUCCAGAACGGAAUCCCCUUCUGCUGUCUGCUUGUGAGGAGGCUGUGGAUGAGUCAGCAGAGCAGAGUCAGGAAUAUGUCCACAUGCCUGCCUUCCUACAGACCCCCCUCUGUACCCACUCCCCACACCUGCUGCACUGUGUACCCAUCAUGCCCGGCACUGUACUGGUCAUCGUGAGUGAGGUCCCGAAGAGCCAUCUAGCUGGGCACAUCUGUCAGUGUCUGCUGACCCUGGUCACCACAGAGCUGAUGCAGGGGAGAAAGGGAGGCUCUGCACGGGAAGGUGGCCAAGGGAGGAACCAUGUGGAAGUGUUGGAGGGGAACGUCAAACGGGUCUUAGAUGCAACUCGUAAGAUGAAGGGAGGCCUGGAGCGUGUGCACAAGGACCUGGUGAACAGAUGGGACCUGGUCAGGAAAGGUGGACUGUCGGAAUACAUGGACAGUACUGCUGCUAACCCACCACCAAGGUUAGAAACAGCCCUGUCAGAGUUCACCAGGACACUAAAGGUGCUGUUCCGGCUGCUGUUCCUGACCUACAAGCCGCCACAGGCAGCUGAGGACAAGCAGAGGGAAACCAUGAGCACAGUUCAGGAGCUGGUCAGCAAGAAGAUCUGUGACUACAAGGACUACCUGUCAGUCAAGGCUCAGAGGAAUGUUACCAUGACGACGUAUCUGGAAGAUUUUCCUGGCCUCAUCCAUUUCUUGUACAUUGACCGGUCCAUGGACCUGGUCAUUGCCCCAGCCAUCAAUGUCACAACUAACCCAGACCCUGGCAGCUUUGAUGCAACUGCAGUUCUCAAAGUGAAGGUUUGGGAGAUGGUGCGCCGGUGGCAGCACUACCUCCAGAACAGCUUCACCUCCUCUGUGGUGAGGGAUGGAGACUUCUGCUACUCAUACUUCCUAUGGUUUGAGGACCCCUCAGGUAACCCGCUAUCCCCCCAGCAGCCAGUGAAGCAGGUACAAGGAGCACCUCCAGGCAUCCUGGCAGGACACUACUACAGAGACCUGUGUGCUAGGUGCUUUCCCACAAUGCCAGUGGGUGCGGUGAACUGUUAUGAGUUGAUGUGCAUGCACGUGGGGGUGAUUCCUGCGGAGUUUGUGGCGUCACACUGUCGGAAGCUGGCAGCCAUGUUAUGGGAAACUUCAGGGGAGGCUCACUCUCCCAUCAGCCUAUUAUAAGGGUCUGACCAUGCAUCAUGGAGAAGGAGAAUGUUGCAAUAGGAGAAGUAAAUUUCUCUUUGUAAUGUGAUUUUGCUAAAAUACUUUCUCAUGAAACAGUGAAAAGUGACCAAUAUUGUAUUUUGGUAAAAGAGCUUGCUUCAAAAAGGAACAAGUGAAGAGGAUAAUUGUAUACAUGUAUAAGGACCUGAAUCGUAUAGUGCAAUAUUUGUUUUAUAUGUCGUUACAAUCUCAAUAUGAUUUUUAAAUUUUUUUGUUACUCUUAUUCGUCAGUUUGAGACGGUACAUUCAUUUUCAUUGCAUAUAAGUGUAUGACAGCCUUCCUCAUAAAACAUUUUCUAUUUUAGAUGGUAGGAAAAUUAAAAUUUUGUGCAUUUGCCCAGGUUUAUUUGUUUAUUUCAAGGAGGUUAAAUACAAUUGUAUUUAACCUCCUUGUUUAUUUGAAGGAAAUACUUGCUGUUUCACAUUGUUGCAUUUUAAUGUGUCACUGUUUUAAUAUGCAAGGGGUAAAUAAUGCUAAAGCCUUUGUGCUAAGUCUUUUACUUGGCCUGUCUUUGAUACAUGUACUCUUUAGCA